AAAAUACGGUUAAAAAUUCUGAGGAAGAAAAUGAAUGUAAUGAAGACAAAUUUGAUGUAGAUAUGGAUGCAGACAAAAAUAACAUGAAUAUAAAUGAAUGUGAUAUAAAUAAUGCUGAUGAAAUACCAGAAUUUUCUAUCGAAGCUGAAGAACAACCUGUUUUUGAGCAUAUUCAUAAUUAUGCUUUACAAAUUCCUAAACUUACUAAUCAAAUAAUCUUAAUUGAUAUAAGGUCUGUCUCAGGCCAUACUGUUCCUCGAUUUCCUGAUGCUGCUUAUGCAGAAUUUAUGGAUCUUGUAUCAACACAUCAUUUUUCUAAUUCAGCCAGAAAUGAUGUAUUGAAAUGGUUUCGUAAACAUCAUCUUUGA